CUGGAAGAGGGAGAAGAGGAAGGAAAGGUUAAAGAGUAUCGUGAAAUUGGCACACACCUGAAAGGGUAUCCUGAAGAAGAUGUCAGAAAAGCACUAAGGCUGGUUUCAAGCUUCAUCAGAGCUUCCAAAGAAGUGGUAAAGGAUGAAAUGGAUGUUGUAAGAAGUCUUGAUCUGUUAUGCAGAAGGGUUGAGGAGGCUACUCCUGCCAUGAGACUGCUCAAUGAUCUUUUGAAUAUACAUGAUGGGUUUGAUGAUGAAGGAUGGCUGAAGGAAUGCAAAAAACACAUGGUUGACACUAUCCAAGAGAGGAUCUAUUUAGCAUUCUUGUUCCAGCAGGAAAUGAAAUUAACAAGGUAUGCUUCAAAAACACACUUUAUAUGUCCUAUGGCUUUAGUUGAACUACAUGAUAGCCACAAUAGGCAUGUUUCUUGUAGAGCUCAAGGAUCUUUUGUAACAACCCCCCCCUCUCUCUUUUCUUUGAAUAUGUGGAUUUUAGGCUUUAGUCUCAACUCUAUGAUUUUAGGUUUUAGUGUCAACUCUAUGGUGCCUUUUCAGUCUUUGAUAUCUUCUGUAAAUCAAGUUCAUAGGACUAGUUGGUUUGCACUUUGGCUCCCUGUUGAUUUGUUUUUAAAAGAUGCCAUAGAUAAAUCACAGGAGGCGGCAACUAGUGCUGUUGAAAUUUUUACUGGUAGGAGUCAAUCCUUGUAUAUCAGUGCUUCAGUCUUGAUUUACCUGGAGUGGAUUAUACUUUAGUUCUUCUAGUAGUAUUAUUGAUCCAAAGUAAUUGUUGCAGGUUUAGUAAAGGUUCUGUAGGCUAUUAAUGGUACCACAUGGCACAAUAUAUUUUUAGGUUUAUGGGUUGCAGCUCUACGGCUAGAGCAAAGGGUAGGAAUUGAUUUGUAAAGAAAUCAUGCUUACCUUUAACCAUUGAUUUAAUCUUUUUAUUGGAAAUAAAAUAAUUAAGGGGAGAGACCCAAAAAAAAAAAAAAAUUAAAGUCUCUUCUUCUUUUCUUUUCUGGGGGUUGGGGUUUUACUCUCCACAUGGCUUGUACAUAUGUUGCAUAAUUUUUAAAAGAGAGAGAGAAAAAAAAUUAUCCAACUGCAAGCCAUUGUAAUAUCUUAUUUAAACUUGGCCAGGCAUUGGAAAAUUUAUUGGUUUUGAAAUUAAAAUUUUUUAUAGUUUAGUAAUCUAUUCAUGUACCAUAUAUUGUAUA